UUUUAAAAAAUUUUCUAUUUUUGAUUGAAUUUUAAUUGUGUUCCGGGCUUUUUCAUUUCCGUUCUAUUCAUGUCGUUCAAGAGCCGUGCGUGAGCCUGUUUGUAUACAAAAUUCGUUUACGAAAAUAUACCUACUUACCGUGUAUGUAUUCUAUACAUUUUGCAUAAAAGAAUCACGCACUUUGUCCCUUAACGAGUGUUUUAAGCCUAUUGCCUAGUCGCUUCAUUGUGCGUAUCCUGAAGUCAAAUUAAAAUAAUCAAUUGUCAUUAGUAAUCGUGCAUCAUGGGACGCAAGAAAAUUAGUAUAUCCAAAAUCACAAACGACCAAAACCGCGAUGUUACAUUUAAAAAACGCAAAUUUGGUCUCUUGAAAAAAGCUUAUGAGUUAAGUGUAUUAUGUGAUUGUGAAAUAGCGAUCAUUAUUUUCAAUAAGUCCAAUAAGUUGUACCAGUACGGUAGUACAGACAUUGAUCAAAUAUUACUUAAAUAUACUGAUUAUACUGAACCAUACGAAUCAUUGACAAACACCAAUAUUAUUGCUCAACUAGAUGACAGAGACGGUUAUAAAAGUUCAAAAUGUGUUAAUUCGUAUGUUAAUGAUGAGCCUAAUACUAUAGCUCAAACCAACAAUUUUAAAGUAAUGUGCACUCCUAGAAUUAAAUUUAAACACAAUGAUAAUAUUUCUGAUCUCAAAUUUUUUGUGGGAAAUGUGAAGAAAAUAAUAAAUGAAAAGCAUAACAAAAAUGACAAUAAUGAUGAAGACAGUAAUAAUACUGAAUAUGAAUUUAUUCCUGAAAACAAACUUCCAGAAGAUAUGAGUGAUAACGAGUUAAUAAUUGACAGUGAUGCUGAAAAUAAUUUUGAAGAUAUAGAUGACAGUUUACACACUAACAUAGAAAGUUAUACUCCAACCACUUCGCAGCAACAAACUUCGAAAAAUAACCCAAUAAGUAUUAUUGAAAAUUUAAUGUUCCAUAAAAUAAUUAUAAAAACUAAGUAUUGA